AUGGGAUAUGAAAAGGUUUCUUUCCGGGAAUUAUAUCCUGAUGCCUGUGGGACGGAUUCUGACUUGAAUUUUGUUGUGAAAUUGAAAUCGCUCCGUGUUUGUGAGGCGAACGAGCAAUUUCCAGCAAAUAUGAAGUUGACAAUCAAACGUAAUAAACAAAUUGACUGGAAGAAUCGGGACGUCGUAGUUCUUAAUG